AUGAGUCACAAAGAACAUAUUAGCGCCUCGGACGAAAGCAAUUCUGCAUCAACAGCUAUUAGUGAGUUGGAUGUUCGUUCUAAUCCCGAAUCGUUGUUAGAUUACCUAGCCAACAGAGAGGAAAUACCAGAUAAACGACUUUAUGAUGAAAAGACCGAUGCUCAAUCUUUUUCGUCAGUUGAAGCUAUAUCCAAAGGACAUGUGUAUACUACCUAUGUAGAAAACGAACGAGGUUCUGCUGCUCUUUCAGUAAAGAAUCACUUAAAAAAUCCAGUUGCAUUUCAAAAUCUUCACAGGUUUUCUAAAACUUUACUUUCCUCUCAAGCCAGCAUUCCAAUAAAUAUACCUUUUGCACGUUGUGACCCGCCUCCUAGAGUUCGAUUAUCGGAGACUAGAAAAACAGCGUGGCUUCAGGACCUGGCGAACGAUAAUAUUUGUUUAAGUGAACUUUCUAAAAAGAUUCCUCACGGUGUUUGGGGAAAAGAUAUAAUUCAACUUGUUCUCGAUUUUCGGGUACCUUUACCUAGAGCUAUUUGGUUUAUACGAUGUGCCGGAACUAAUGAGAUUCGAUCUUUUUUUAAAAAAUAUCCCAAUAGUGCUUCAAAGGAUUGGGUCCUUUUAUGGACGGACGUAAUUGGUGAUUUUUUAUUAAACUUUUUUACAAAUCACUUAGGAGACGACGUUCAAGCAUUUUCUAGUAAUUUUAUCUACGUUAAUAGAUUAUUUGGAAGAUUGUUGAUUGAAAAGUUAAUCAUCCCCUCGUUCUUUAUUUCAAAGGUGAUUUCCUUAAUACCUAAUCUUCCGAUGCAUGUCUAUCCAUUAAUUAUAACUUUCCUUGAUUACUUUUCUGUUACUAUCUUUCGAGACACGUCAAUCAUAAAAAACUGCGUCGCAGGACUGUUGCCUUUCUUGCUAAUUAUGUACGAAUCACCUUCCAUUGACUUAGAACUGAAAAGAAGCGUGUUGAACAAAGCUGCUGACUUCUUAUAUCGCCUUGCAUCUGUGAAUUGGGCUGGAUUUUUCUUUUUUGAAGAGUGGGAAGUACUGUACCCUAUUUUAUCUAUUAUUUGGAAACCAAAUAAAUCCCAUAACUCUUUGCUUUCAAUCUUGAAUGAUUUGAACAUCCGAGCUAUUUGCUUGGUGGAUGCAUCAGCUUCACCGAUUCGGUUCAUGCGGACGUUAAGUAGUUUCAAACCUUUUCUCAGUGCACAUUCGUUUGCAAAAAAACUGCUGCAUUAUUCUUUUACCGAGAUUAUAGCAUUCUUUUUCCGAUGGAGUAUAUACUCGAAAAGUCAAAUUCCAGAACAUCGGUUUUGUAUCUUUCUAUCAAUUUUACAGUUUUAUAAUGUGACCCCUAAUUUGGCGACUAAUCUGGUUUUAAACAGUUUGUUCCAAAUUUCUUCAGUAUCGAAUGAAGAAAGUUUUAUGGUUGCCCAGUUGCUAAACUGCCUAUCUUUAAAUGGAUAUUUUAUGUUUUCCGGGUAUAUUGCUAGGCUUGCUGCCAUGGGUUACCUUCGAGAAUCAAUGUUAAUGGCGGAUUCCAUGGAUGUGCAACGCCAGAUUAUACUUCAUCUUCCUUUGUUUCAAAUCUCUCAGCAAGUAAGAAGCAAGCUUAAUUAUAUACUGGCAAGAGGAAGCUAUAUAAUUGACUAUGAUCAAUGUUGUUCUUAUAUUGAGCAGUUUAGAAAGAGUCCUUCAAGUUUUGCAUUUAAGAAAGGUGAGAGUUUUUCCAUAAUCGUUUACACACUAUUACAAACUUUUUCCGUAUGUGAAAAUUCUAUCUACAUCAACUUUAUGGUAUUAUUUUAUAUAUAUCAUUACUGCAUGUUGAAAGAAUUCUUCGAUUGUGUCAUUUACACCCUUAGCAAGCCUCAUAUCCGUUAUUCGGUGCUCCUACUAUUUGUUAAGGCUUUCCCAAACAUUGUCAUGGAUAAACAAGUUAUAGAUCAUAUUCGUUUGUCAAAACCUGAAAGUUUGAUAGAAGGUUAUUUGCUUCACGAGAUUAAACACCUUUAUCAGUUGGACUUCGAUUUUUCUUUAAAGACGCCUGAGGAUGAAUCAUUGUGUAGAGAGAUGCAAGAUUUAUUGGGGAGUGAUUCUUUCAGCACUGGUCCUUUUGGUGAGGAUUUUAAGCCAUACAAAGCUUUGAAUAGCUUGUUUGAAGAUUUUUUUAAAGCAGAUGACGAUGAUUCAAAUUUUGCUCUGACAAAUUCUUUGAUAAUUAUGAAAAAACAUCUUGCUCUGACUGAAAACUACAGCUGCUUCACAAGCUAUAUUGCAGACAGAAUAACAGUAGAACAAGCUAAUUACUCAGUAUUCAUUACCAAAUUGUUAGAGCUUUAUGGAAACAAUGUUUUCACAAUCGGAGACUUAUGGACAAUUACAAAUCGGCUAUCAGAAACCUAUGAAGAAGGCAUGAAAGGGCAUAUCGUGGAUAUUUUCAUGAGCGCCAUCUUCGUUGAUGAGCGGAACUUAAAAAUGGUUCAUUUGUUUAAUUGUUUAUUAUGGGAUGCCAGAAAACUAAGCAUUGGGCUUGAAUUUCUAAAAUUUUUGAUACAGCAUUGCAGCAAAAGUGAGCUGAAUCUUAAGUGUAUUUGGAAUAUUCUAAGGAGUUUAGAUUUCCACGAGAUCAUUUGGGUGGUGCCUGAGAAAGAGCUUUUGAGGAGAAUAAUGGAGAAAUAUUUGUCUUUUCCGUUUCAUGGCAUGAUAAAUGAAAAUUUAAUAAAGCAGAUACUUGAAUUAGAUGAGUUUGUUGCGCAAAUGUAUGCAGCUUGGUUGACUACACUUACAAGGGAAGAAUUGGGUGAUGUUUCUGAAGAUGUGAUGGAAAACAUAUUGAUGGCAGGAUUCAUUGAAAAGGGAUUCCACUCGUGGUAUGUAAUAUGUUUGGGCCUUCCUAAUACAUUAAAAAUUUUUCAAAGAGUUUUACUUUACUCAGUGAAUAGGAAUUUGGGUUUACCAUCCCACUUCCUCUCGUUUCUAUCUACAAUUACUGAGCAUAUUGUACAUAAGAGACCGGAUGAAGUGUUCAUAAUAAAGUUUAAGGAAAGCUUGCAAAAUCUUUUUCAUAUCCUAAAGGAGCAAGUAUUGGGUGCUGAAGAUGAGAAUGAUUCACUUACAGCUAGGCUCAGAUGUUUUUCCCAGCUAGUCCUUCAAUUUCAUAAUUACCUGGAUAGAGACGAAUCUGUGGAAUCUUUACGUACGUUAUCAACGAAAAAUUAUGUAUAUAAAAACCAAUCUCUUUUUGACUUAAUGGCAUUCAUUAUCGACAAUGUCAAAUCCCAGCCACUUUACGAGGAUGAAACUUCCAUUUGCUUCAAUGCUUGGACAACUAUUGAGUGUGGGUCUUUCAGUUCGAACCUACCAGAGGCUUUAAAGGAAUUUAAUCCGCGAAAAGCUGGUCUCGAAAUCUCAAUAUGGUGA